AUGGAUCAUUUUCGCGUAGAUAUGGCACAAUGCCCAAGAUGUGGUCGACAAAGAGAACAGGGCAGAAUACGAGUACAAGCUAGUCCUUGCCAUAAAUUAAUUGGAUGUGAACGUUGUUUACGUGAAUAUCCAUGUGAAUUAGGAGAUGAGGAUACAGCAAUACAAAUGCAAGCAUUUUGGCAAUGCCCUUCUCUGAAAAAACCGAAGAUUGUCGGUGUCAAACAAUUCUUUAUAAAACAAAUACUGGACAACAAAACCAAUCUCCCUUAGAAACAUUAACAACAAAUAAACAACAAAAAAAUAAAUCACAACAGCAACAACAACCUUCUUCUUCAACAUUUC